AUGGUUGCACAACUUCCAAGACUGACACAAAACUGUCUGAUAGAAGAAAACUUCAGCUUUGUGUUGACGACAUUUUUCACCCAUCUCCUGUGUUUGCUUGUUCUGUCCGUGUUUUUCCAUUACCGCUGGAAGCUGAGGUACCUCUACUUUAUUGGUCAAAGGCGGCUUCACAUCGGUGGACGUUUGGUCAACUACAACCCACAAGUUGAUGUCUUCGUCACGUACGACGAGGGUGAACUAAGAAUCCGACAGAUUGUAAGAAAUAUUAUCCUGCCAUUCCUGAGAGAAAAGAACAUCUCUUACAUUUUAGGAGAAGUGGACUUUCCAGGUGGGGACAUGGUGUCACACAUCAGUGGAGCUAUAACUGGCACAAGAAAAACGCUGGUCUUGUUGUCUGAAGAUCUUUUCUUGGAUCACUAUCGAGAGUAUGAGAUGAACCUGGCCAUCAUGCGAGAGUUCAAUGUUCGAGGUCAGGUUAUCGUUCCUGUCUUUGUUGAGAGGGUCGACUUGAAUACAUACCCACCUGAAGUAGAAACUUAUUUAAGGAAUCAGCUGUACAGGUGUCUGGUCUACAGAAAUAACCAAACUUUCUGGACACUUCUGCUACAUGCUAUUAGAAAUGACAAAUAG